CAACAGUACGUGCGCGGGUGCUCAACCGCGAGUACCGAGGCUGUCUGCCAGUAAACGCUCCAGCCCGCUCGAGCCGAUUCGCCUAAACAGGGAAAGCGGCUAGGUAAAUAAAAUGUCUGAGAAACUGAGGCAGUGCAGGGAAGACUUAGCAGCAGCUUUGGAUCGAGCCAUGGAAGGCAAUAUUGUUUCUCCUGUGUUCUCUUCAGACUCUGAGUGGCUUGAAUCGGCAAGGUUACUGGAACCAGACCAUGGUUCAUUCAUUGACAAUUCCUUUGCUAGAAUGUGCCCAUCUUUCAGUUCUUCACACCUCACCCAGACAUUUCUUCAAAUGUUGCCGGAGAGAGGACCAUAUUACUGUAUGCCAAAGGAACUUGCCUUGAUGGAUUGCAAUCAUGUUGCAUUUAAAGUAAAGUGGUUAGUUUUUGGAAAUGGGGAAAAUUUUGUCAUGAAUGCCAAUGUUCCAAUACCAUAUGGUCUCUUUGAGAGUGGUUGUGAGAACACAGACAAUGUUACACAAGAAUAUAUCAGUCCCUCACAAGAAACCAACAAUCAUACAUGUCCAGAAACACAGGGAAAUAAUUCAUGUGAAGAACUGACAAAGAAUCUCCUAGAUGUAAUAGGUGCAUACCAGAAAAUUGGAAAACAGAGAGGAAGACAGCAGUUGGAGAGCACCAGUAUUCGAACGCUCGAGGCGUUGGCAGGAAAACUGGAACCUUUGAGCGAAUUCUGUCCACCCUCUUCUCAAUCUGCUGGAUCUGUGUCUGCAGAAGACACUCUAACCCUUUUCAUUGCAGAUCCACCCUGUAGCCCAAUAAGGAAAGAACCACACUUAGGGAAAUAUAAACCCUCAGAUGAUGACAACUUGAUUAAUAUUGUCCUGGACAUGGAGGAGGAUUACAACAUAUUGAAAAAAAUAUAGAUAGAUUGGUCUAUAGUAAAGUGGAAGAACACAAUGCUGAGCACAUCCUGGAAUUGCAUUUGACUGAUCUGGGUUGAGACAACACACCUGUCUUCCAAAUGGAUAUCUUUACCUGCAUUUUAAGCAAGAAUAUCUAAAGAUCAUGCAAGAUCUAAAGAGAUUCCUGAAGCAGUUGCCUCUAUUUAAGUUUAGACAACUAGAACUGCAUCACACUUCGAUGAGGUUGUAUAGAAGAUCUCCAUGCAAUUCUGAAUGUUGUACACAAUCAAAGAACUAACUAAACUGAAGUUCAUCUGGCGUUUCUUCAUUACAACCAUACUUAGAUUUUUUGGUGGGUUGCUUAUUUGGUCUUCAGAAUACUUGAUUACUGUCCAAUAAAUGUUUUACCCUGCAGUUUAUAUGCAGAAUGUUACUGUCAAGUUAAACCCUCACUGACAAUUUACAAAGGUUCUUGUCACAACUUUCCCAGUAGUAUUUAAUAUAUUUGGUACAUUGAUUAAUAUAAGAUAAAUAAGAAGGUGCAAUUUUUUUAAAAGUCUGUUAUAACAUAGUACACCUUCAUGUAUUUAAGAUAGCAAUGGUUAAAUAAUAUAUGUAUUAAAGGUCAUGAAAUUUCUG